AUGCAAGCAGCGGAAAUGGACUUUCUCCAAAGGGUGGCCGGCCUCUUCCUCAGAGAUAAGUAUAUACCUGCUUCACCACUAACAGCGAUCUUCAGUCUUCUCUCACAGAGUGAAGGAGUUCGAGAGAGCUCUGCUGCAGUGGACACACUGACAGGCGAGCUAUCCUGUAAAAGGGGUAAAAAUGCAAGCUUAACAGAUGAAAAGUCGAGGAUGGUGGAACAAAAUCUCAGGCAGAUUGUAGAGUCGACUUUACAAGUGUUCUUUGACCUGAACAACAAUGUCCCUGGAUUUGAUGUUCUGGAUAUAUUUGGAGUUCUGGACAGCCUUCGUUUGGGUAAUGACAGUGACCCCGAAUUCAUCAGGCUGUGGUUCUCUGUGAAGAUGAUUCCUCUUUUGCCUUAUGUCAAUGGAAACUUCCUAAACCAGCUCAGCAAGCAGAACUUCAGCUGCACCUCUUUCCAAGAGAUGCUGAUUGUGUCAGUCCUUAGUCCUUCUCAGAUGGCACAGCUGGUACUGAGUUUGGGAGCCUCCAAUAACACAGAUUUGAUUGAUCGUGUGUUUGAGCGACUGCAAGAGGGCAACGCUCUAAAAAAUGUGGAUGGAUUCCUCACACAACUGACAACCAAUGGACAGAUGCCAAUUUUCCAGCCUGUUGUGAGAGAUCGGGUCAUGAAUACGACCUUCAUCAUCAUCAGUCCACAUUUCUCCACUUUCACGACAAACGACUAUGAACUUUGGUUCCAUGUGAAACUGAUUCCUAUCCUUGCCAGUUUUACUCCAGAAAUGCUCAUAAACGCAACCACAAAAAUAAGCUGCACAAACUACCAAGUCAUUGUGAGUGGGUUGGCUUUAGUUAUCCAGGAGAUGCCACUGUACAGACGGCAAGAGAUCACACAUGGUCUGCUGGGCUAUCUAAGAAAUGCUGAAAAUGCCAUCAAUGAGCCAGCUUGCAGGCAACAAAAUGAGAGUGAUGCCCAAUGGGUUAAAGCAAAGCUGGGUCCAUUCGUCCAAUAUACAGCGUACUCUGACCUCAAAGACUUCAACAUCUCUACGGCUGGAUUGUUGUCGACGCUCAAUCCCUCUGAGGUGGCACAGCUGCUACUGAGCUCUGGAGCCUCAAAUAACACAGAUUUUAUUGAUCUUGUGUUUAAACAACUUGAACAGGGCAACGCUCUAAAAAAUGUGGAUGAAUUCCUGACACAGCUGACAGCCAAUGGACAGAGCCCACAUUUCCAGCCUGUUGUGAGAGAUCGGGUCAUGAAUACGACCUUCAUCAUCAUCAGUCCACAUUUCUCCACUUUCACGACAAACGACUAUGAACUUUGGUUCCAUGUGAAACUGAUUCCUAUCCUUGCCAGUUUUACUCCAGAAAUGCUGAUAAACACAACCACAACCAUCAGCUGCACAAACUACCAAGUCAUUGUGAGUGGGUUGGCUUUAGUUAUCCAGGAGAUGCCACUGUACAGACGGCAAGAGAUCACACAUGGUCUGCUGGGCUACCUAAGAAAUGCUGACAAUGCCAUCAAUGAGCCAGCUUGCAGGCAACAAAAUGAGAGCGAUGCCCAAUGGGUUAAAGCAAAUCUGGGUCCAUUCAUCCAAUAUUCAGCGUACUCUGACCUCAAAGACUUCAACAUCUCUACGCUGGCAGUUCUGGACGUUCUUUCACCAUCGCAAAAGGCUGAUCUAAUCCUAGAUCCAAACAGUGGUGCUUUAAACGAUGCACAUGUUGUAAGGGAGGUGUUGACAAGCUUGACAGAGACCAGUGAUUAUGAGCAGCUCAACCAAUUCUUCCAGGCUUUUGCAAACAUCAACAAGCAGAGAAAUGUCACCCUCAUCCAAAAUCCAGAUGUGCGAGACACCAUUUUGAGCCUGACCUUGACAGCCCUUGCUCCUCAGCUUAAAGACUUUCAGCCAGAAGACUAUCAACAGUGGUUCCAGGUUUAUUUGGUUCCUGUGAUGGCGAGCAUCCUUCCUAGCAGCUUGCGGGUGAUCCCCAGUAACAUCACCUGUGAAUCCUACCAGGCUGUAUACGAUGGUCUUGCGCAGAGUUUGGCAGCAUUGCCACUGGACCUUUCACAGGGCGUGAGAUCAAGCAAGCAGUACCUCCAGGACACAUUCCCACGCUGCUCAGUUCCAGCUUCCUUUGUGCUUGAGCUUUGUCCUGUUGUUAAUCGUACCUCUGUGCUCCUCUUUUCUCUCCAUUUUCGUCUCAUCCCCCUCAACAGAUCAGAGCAGAUGGCUGCCCCCCUGGCUGUGGUUCUGUCAAAGGUCCCUUCCUCUUAA